AGCAGUUUGCGAAGGCCUCGCGGCCGAGCAGCGAACUUCCAGCCGGAGAGGAGGCGGCGAAGGGGCCGAUCGGCACCUUCCCAGCCCGCGCCCCGAUGCUGCGCGCCCUGACCAGUGUCCUGCGCCUUCCACGGCCCUGGAAGCCCCUUCGGACCCGCGGCUGCGCCUCCGACGGGGCGGCCGGGGACUGGGAGAUCCAAGUGCGCUCCCUGACGGGUCCGGAGCAAGGAAUCACUGAGAUUCUGAUGAACAGACCGCGUGCCCGCAAUGCCCUGGGGAACGUCUUCGUCAGCGAGCUGCUGGAAGCUCUGGCCCAGCUGCGGGAGGACCGGCAAGUGCGCGUCCUGCUCUUCAGAAGUGGUGUGAAGGGUGUGUUCUGUGCAGGUGCGGACCUGAAGGAGCGGGAGCAAAUGAGCGAGGCAGAGGUGGAGUUCUUUGUCCAGCGGCUCCGAGGCAUGAUGAAUGAGAUUGCUUCCUCGGCUAUCAUGGGGCUGAUCGAGACCACCCGAGGGCUCCUCCCAGGAGCAGGAGGGACUCAGAGGCUGCCUCGAUGCCUGGGGGUGGCCCUGGCAAAGGAGCUCAUCUUCACAGGCCGACGACUGAAUGGGGCGCAGGCUCAGGUCCUGGGGCUGGUGAACCAUGCCGUGGCCCAAAAUGAAGAGGGCAACGCUGCCUACCACCGGGCACUAGCACUGGCCCAGGAGAUCCUGCCCCAGGCCCCCAUCGCUGUGCGGCUGGGCAAAGUAGCCAUCGACCGCGGAAUGGAGGUGGACAUUGCAUCAGGGAUGGCCAUUGAAGGGAUAUGCUAUGCCCAGAACAUCCCCACCCAGGACCGGCUAGAGGGCAUGGCAGCCUUCAGGGAGAAGCGGCCUCCCAAAUUUGUUGGCAAGUGACUCCCAUUUAACCUUAAGGGAGAUGCAAGCCUUAAAGGGCAGGAUCCAGAAGGAAAAUUUGCAGCGCAACUGCCUUCAUCAUUUUGCCUCUUUGGGCUUCAGUUUCCUCACAAGGACAAUGAUGGAUAUAAAAUGAGUGGCAUGGGCCUGGUAUUAAUGUGCUGACCAUGCCACCUACUGCUUCCUUCAUUAUUCCUCACCCUGUCUAGAUAAUCACUGGGGUCGAAUUUGCUUUGGAGAGUACCCGCCUCUCCCUACUCGAAUGAUAAACUAAGGAUUAAGAUAGACCCCUCUGGGCUUUUGUACUGUUGGCUGUUAGGCCUGACCUCUGCCUCUCAGUUGUCAGGUGCUCACCAGAGACGGCAAGAGGUUGUAAGAAGCCCCCAGUUCCUUCCUCUGUAACAGAUAAUAAGGAAACCCUGGUAGUGCUUGAGCAGGCAUCAGGAAUCAGACUGCAGAUCCCAGCUCUCUGCCACUUACUCACUACAUGCCUCAGCUUCCUCAUCUGCAGAAUGAAACUGGCGUGAAGGUUAAAAAA